AAAUCUCGAGAGAGUUUUAACGGCGAAAGAAAAGUCGGCGCAUUAGGAACGAGAGGAAUGUCCCGUGCGUUACAAAGCAAAGCACAUUCCUGGGAAUCCCGUGAUGCUAAGGAUUCCGUGUACCGAUUUCGCAAGUUAGCGCAGGAUUUGAUCCAUCGUCUUUAGCUUUCUCUGUUUCUCUUGGCUAAAUACCGUAUCGAAUUGGGUACUGCCUUCAGCAGCAUCGUAGACGACUCUUAUACCCACUGUUAGGUUGCUCGGAUGGUCCCAAUCUGAUCAUGGAAAAACUAUUCGAAACGGAAGCCGAAGAAGCAUCAUCUUCCUCACAAGAUCAUAAGCGGUGGAUCGAGGCUCAGGAUACGCUCAGGACAAGAUUGAUCACAAAGGAUGAUUUCGCGUGGAAAUUACCAAAAACAACGUCCAGAGAGAAAGCGGAGGAACUGGAAGAGGUGGAGAUGUUGAGGUAUGUUGGUGGGGUAGACGUGAGCUUCUCAAAGGAGGACCCAACGGUCGCUUGUGGGACACUUGUGGUGUUGGACAUUCAAAACCUCCAAGUCGUCUAUGAAGAUUUCGCAAUUGUCACCAUUGCUGUCCCUUAUGUUCCUGGCUUCCUCGCCUUCAGAGAGGCUCCGAUUCUUCUAGAACUUUUGCAGCGAAUGAAGAAAAAAGAUGCCAGCCCUUUCUACCCACAGUUGUUAAUGGUUGAUGGAAAUGGAAUACUUCAUCCUCGAGGUUUUGGCUUGGCUUGCCAUCUAGGUGUUUUGGCUGACCUCCCUACAAUUGGGAUUGGAAAGAAUCUGCAUCAUGUGGAUGGUCUUACUUAUUCGAGAGUGAGACAACUUCUUGAAGCCAAAGAAAACAGUACUAGAGAUUUUAUUACUUUGACGGGAUGCUCUGGCCACAUAUGGGGAGCGGCAAUGAGAUCUACACAGGACUCCUUGAAGCCUAUGUUUAUUUCAGUUGGUCACCGUGUAUCACUUUAUACUGCCAUAAUAAUCGUUAAAAUGACUUGCAAGUAUCGUGUGCCAGAGCCUAUCCGACAGGUCGAGGGAAUACCUGCAGAAGCGUCAAAAGGGAGCGUCAGAAUGAUUCAACUUCAUGGAUCUGGUUGGUUCACUUAUUUCUCUCUUCUUCAACAUAUAUAUUUUCAGAAACACAAAACAGCUGAAGGGAUGAGAUCUGAGAAUAUAAGGGAAGUACAUAGCUGCUACAAGCAAGCACGUAAAGUUCAAUGACAUUAGAGAGAGUUUGUAGUAUUGGCCCUGAGUUGGGGGUUCCAAAGAAGUAAUGUCUACUAUUUAACCAAACGAAUAAUUCUCUCUAGGUCUCAACACCUGCCUCGAUUGUAGGCAUCUCCUUGGCCAAUGAAACAAGAUCCAAGUUUCAAAUGCUUAGUGAUAGUGACAGGGAAUUGCCAGUUGAGACAACAAACUGGCCAUGUAUGUUUUUUAAGGUACCCCAAUUAACCAUGAAUUACAAUCUUUUAUUCAUACUCUGUGUAGAAAUUUGUGGUUAUUUCAAAGUUUAAUGAAUAUAUGCUUUUAAGGUUUAGAUCA